GAAGCACGAGAGACUCCUCUCGACAGGCGGCAUCACUCACACCUGGAGAGCAGCGGCAGCUACGAUCAGCUGUCAGAGAGCUGAAGAAACAGCUGUUUGCUCUUUCUGAAGUGUGUUUCAAUGCUGUAGGAGAUCAGAAAACAACACUACAAGCCACCUGAAAAGCAUCAACGCAAUGUUGGAAUUAAAUAAGGUGGCCCUCCUGCUGUCUUUCCUGGCCUUGGUGGUUCUGGGCCAAGAGUCUACGAAGACCAGGAGCCAAUCAGAAAGAAGCAGGAGGAUGCUCGCUGACAUACAAACAUCAGGCGUGACUGAGUGGACGUCUUGGUUCAACAUCGACCAUCCUGGGGGAAAUGGAGACUACGAGCGGCUGGAGGCCAUUCGUUUCUACUACAGGGAGAGAAUAUGUGCUCGGCCCACUGCCAUGGAGGCUCGUACCACAGACUGGGUGGCAGCGGCAGACACUGGGGAAGUGGUCCACUCCAGCCUGGAGAAAGGCUUCUGGUGCAUCAACAAGGAACAGCCACAUGGCCGCGUCUGUUCCAACUAUCACGUUCGCUUUCAGUGUCCCCCAGUGCAAAGCUACUGGACCAACUGGAGUGAGUGGGGUCCCUGCUCCGCAGUGGCCUGUGACGAUGUGGGCAUCCAGGUCCGACAGAGGAAGUGUGUGAGCGCUCAGCCCAUGCCUCUCUUGCUGGUGCCAGCUUGUCAGGGAUAUCAUUCAGAGAGGAGGGAGUGCUCCACACCGCCAUGCACAGCGGAGUGGAGCCAGUGGGGCCGCUGGGGCAGCUGUUCAGUGACCUGUGGUGGAGGUCGCAGGGUUCGGAAGAGGACCUGUGUGAAGACAUCAGACACAGUGCAGUGUAACGGACGACCUGCUGAAAUGCAGAAGUGUGGGAAGAGUCCAUGUCCAGUCAAAUGCCAGCUGACGUGCGCCAACGGCCGCCCAAGCGAGGACUGCAGUCUCUGUGUGUGUGAUGGCCACGUCCUGCACGGAGACGUGCAAAGUGUGACUGGUGUCCCUGUUGCAGGAGCGUCUGUAGCUUUGGCUAGUCAUCCUAAGAUCAUUCGUGCCCGUACAGAUCCUAAAGGUCAGUUCAAGCUCGCUGGAGUCUGCUCCUCUACAUCAACCUUGGUCACCAUCAGGAAGGAGAAGUUUGUUCCGGUCUCUGUCUCCACCUCCAGCAACACCACCGGACUGUCCUGGUUACAAGCUAUUCUUAGAUCAGCAGAGAAGCCGUACAUUGUGAAGCACCCUGAGGACAAAGUGCGGUAUGAGGGAGGACGAGUGCUGUUUUGCUGCAAAGCAACAGGCUCACCAACACCUGACCAGUACCACUGGUACCACAAUGGGACUCUUCUGGACAGCAAAGUGUACAAGUAUGAAGAAGAUCUCAUCCUGCGUGAUCUGAAACCAGAGCAGUCUGGACAAUAUUACUGCAAAACAAGCAGCGCUGUGGGCAGCAUCAAGUCAUCUCCAGCUCUCCUUACUGUGAUCGCAAAAGGAACACCGGCCUGCAACUCCACACCUGAGGCAUACCCCGUUAGACUCCCAGUGGACUGCAUUCAACCCGGGACCAACUCAAAGUAUUAUGACGCUGGACGCUGUCCCCACAACAAAUGCGCUGGUUCCCUUGAUUUUGAUUUGCGCUGCAGAGAUGGAGCUGGUUUCUGCUGUGGAGUCCAGCACAUGGAAAGUCGUGUCAUUGACUGUGGUCGCUAUAGUCUUCCCAUCAAAGCCGUGACUCAGUGCAGCUGUCAGAAAUGUGUGCAGCCCACUGUGCUGGUUCGUGGUAGAGUAGUGACAGCUGACAACAAUGAGCCUCUACGAUUUGGACACAUCUACAUUGGUAAAGAGAGAGUGGGUACCACAGGAUACCAAGGAGGGUUUACAUUACAGAUUAGUCCUGAUACACAGAGGCUGGUUGUUAAUUUUGUUGACCCCUCUCAGAGAUUUCUUGACACUCCAAAAGUUUUCCUCCUUGACAAAAAAGGUGGUUCCAUCUACCAUGAUGUAAAAGUGAUGAGAAAGCAAACGCCAAUUGAUAUUGAGGCAGGAGAGACCAAUUCUAUUGAUCUUGGAGAAAUCGAGGGGGAAGACCCCAUCGGCCAGCUGGUCAUCCCCGCUAACUCAUUCCAUAAGGACAAUGGCGAAAUUUACGAAGGAACGGUGAAAGCCAGCGUCACAUUUAUUGACCCAAGAAACAUCACUACAGCAGCAGCAACUCCUGGUGACCUCAACUUCGUGGAUGAUGAGGGAGACAUGUUACCGCUGAGGACCUAUGGCAUGUUUUCUGUGGACUUCAGAGAUGACACCAACCGGGAGGUGCUUGGAGCCGGAGCAGUGCAAGUGCUUCUUGACACACAGCAUGUAAAAAUGGAAGAACACAUUCCUAAAAUGAAACUGUGGUCUUUGAACCUCGACACAGGAGUCUGGGAGGAAGAAAGUGACUUCAGUUACAGUACAACAACUACUAGUGGUCAUGGUCGAAGCAAACGCGAGGAGCGCACGUUCCUCAUCGGAAACAUGGAGAUCAGAGAACGCCGCCUCUUCAAUUUAGAUGUGCCUGAAAACAGACGCUGCUACGUCAAAGUUCGCGCCUACAUGAGCGACAAGUUCCUUUCUACUGAACAGCUGGAGGGUGUGGUGAUCAGCUUGAUAAACUUGGAGCCCAAACCUGGUUAUUCCGCUAAUCCCAGAGCAUGGGGCCGUUUCGACAGCGUAAUAACUGGGAACAACGGGGCCUGCUUGCCAGCUUUCUGUGACCCCCUGAGGCCUGAUGCAUACACAGCUUAUGUCACUGCUAUGAUGGGUGGAGAAGAGCUGGAGGCGGCUCCUUCCGCUCCAAAGAUGAAUCCAAACAUUAUUGGAGUGUCUCAGCCCUACCUCGACAAAAUUAAUUACCAGCGAACAGACCAUGAGGAUCCAGCCCUGAAGAAAACAGCUUUCAAAAUCAACUUGCCCAAGCCAAACCAAAACAAUUUUGAUGAGACAAAUGGACCUAUUUAUCCUUACCAGAAUUUAUUAGGUUGUGAAAAUGCCCCAUUCGAUGCAAAUCAUUUCAGAUUUUUUAGAGUGGAGAAGGACAAGUAUGAAUACAAUGUGGUUCCCUUUGAGGAGAAUGAUUUGACAACCUGGACAGGAGACUACUUAUCCUGGUGGCCUAACCCUCAAGAGUUCAGGGCAUGUUUCAUCAAGGUCAGGAUCCAAGGGCAGAAGGAAGUUAUGAUCCGGUCAAGGAACCUUGGAGGAACUCACAGAGAAACAAAGGGCAAACUUUAUGGCAUUAGAGACAUUCGCAGCACCCGGGACAUGCGGGAAGCAAACACUUCAGCUGCCUGCCUGGAGUUCAAAUGUAGUGGCAUGCUGUUCGAUCAAGCUGAUGUGGAUAGAUCCCUCAUAUCUAUUCUUCCCCAAGGGAACUGCCGUCGACUCACCACUAACGGCCUCCUACAAGAGUAUCUCAUUAAACAUCCACCUGUGGCUCAAAACAACGAGUCCCAUGCGUUCACCAUGCUGGCACCUGUUGAUCCUUUGGGACACAAUUAUGGCAUCUACACAGUCACAGAUCAGAAUCCCAAAGUUGCCAAAGAGAUUGCAAUUGGACGCUGCUUUGACGGCACCUCAGAUGGUUUCUCCAGAGAGAUGAAAUCAGACUCUGGAAUAGCACUGACUUUUAGCUGUCCAGAGAGGAAAAUUAACCGGGAAAGUCUUUUCCAGCGUCUGCAGACCAACCCAGGUCAGACAUUGUCUCAAAUGGCAAGGGACAUGAGAGAAUUAGAGGGUCUGCAGGUGCAGAGAUCGUCCACCCAGGUGGUGGCUUUUCCCUCUGAGCAGCGGGGCAGGACCCAGGGUCGGAGAGUUAGCUCUUCAACCAGGAGAAGAGCGUCCAUGCGCACACAGCAACGUCAAUAAGAGCAUUCAAAAAAGUCUUCAGCUGAUGCUGAUAUGAUGACAUGAAGUCCAGACGCUAAAGGUUGCCUGUCCAUCUUGACUAUGAAAAAAAAAAUCACAAACUGAGACAGACAAUCAUCAAGAACGAUUGACAGUAUUCAAUAGUCUGAUACUUACUUGAAGGCUUUGGCAAAAGUUUAAUUCUUCCCUACCUGAAGGACUGGAAUCAUCAAUCUAUAAAUCUGUGACUGGUGACUAUUCAUUUGAUGUUGUUGUAAUUUGAUGGUUGAGAUUUUAAUUGAUGGGUCUAAUCAUUGGCUUUUUGUUUUCCCCGUGAUGGAUGGUUUUGCCGACAUUGUUUGAUGCUUCAGUAGAAAUAAAACCCUUCAGAAUUCUGAAUUCCAUAGAAACACUUCAUAAUUUGGCCACUGUCUUCCUCUGGAUGCUUGCCCUUUGUCAAGAACAGGGAAAAAAAGAAAAAAAAUAGUAAAAGGAAAGAAUAUGAGACCCUUGUUGCCUGCAGCAGGUACUGAGCCCUUUUCCUAGUAACUGGUAAAUGUUCCCUACCAAGAAUUGAUGGUGAAAAAGAUGCAGUUGGUUAACACAUGCCAUCCAGAGAACAGGAUGUUUUCAUUCAAGCUUCUUAAUGUUUUAUCACUGGUGUGCUCCUCUGCCAUCUGUGGUUCCACUAAACACUCUUCUACACCUACUUAAAGACCACAGUUGUUGUCAAGACAAGAAUAAAUCUUACCAGUAGUGGGCAGUCAAUGAAGAUACAACAAGGUACAAUAAAGAAGACUGAUAACAAUGUAUGAGCGUUCCAAAUUAACACGUCAUCCAGGAAAAUGUCACUUAAAACAAUGUGCUCCUCUAUAUUUCAUUGUUCCAACAAGAAGCUCAUUCAGGGUCUAAAUGAACUUUGUUUUUGUUGUUAGUGAUGUCUUUGUGAGCUGCCUUUGUAUGUUGAAGUGCAAUAACUAUAAUUAAACUUGACAAUGAGUACAAUUCAGUAUGUUCUUAACUGCAAUUGUAGGCAUGAAAAUGCUGAUGCUGACUUCUGCAUCACGUGUAGCAGGUAGUGCAACAAAAGUGUUUGAGAUAUUUCACAGGACUCCUUUUGUGUGAAUUUCAGCCAAUAUUUCUGCUAUGUAAUCAUUUAACAUUUUGAUACCGCUGCAUGGCUCUGAUGAUUUUAGAGUUUUGACAUCAUGAGUAACUUCUCAGUUUAAAAGUGCAAUCUUGUUUAUAUGGUUUUAUUACUGUCAGCAAAGCCUUUUUCAUCACUGAUGCGCACAUAACUCCUGGGAUUCAGGAAGGACAACAUUUCUUCGUUUAUUGUCCAUAUUUUCAUAAGAGUGAAGAUCAGACUUAAUGCAAACUAAAAGUGUUCAUGUCCAAGACAGGUGGUGUUACUUUUGAUUGGUGUGUUAACUGAAGUCAGGAAUGAAGUUGACUCAGCAAAAAAGCUCCAAACUUUUUGCAUCCUUAUGUUUACACUUGUAAAUCUGCAACAGAAGUUACAGACUCAAGAAGAAAUUCUUGAAGCUGGACUAAUUCAAACCCAAACAAGUGGCACUGUGGUGCUUGGAGAAACCGAAGAGGCUGGCAAGUAAAUAUAAGACUUCUGCUAAUUAGAAAAUAAGUUUCAGGUUCUCUUGAGCACUGUAGAAAUACUCAUUUCCUGAUGUUUUUAAACAGCCAAACAAGCAAAUUUUUAGAAAAUUACAGUAAUAAUUAACAAAUUUUUGGGCCCUAGAGCAUUGCAGCCAGAUACACUUGCUAUCAGAAUGAUUCCCAGGGCACUGUGAAGUUGACCUAUGGGAGUAUUUGCAUCUUGAUUCCUAAAUUCUUACUUGAAACGUUCCAAAGAGACAUGUUUUGAGAAGUCCUAUGCAGCUGACCCCACUUUGGAGUGAUCCUUUAAAAUAACUGUGAGCAGCAGCACACUUCAGAGAAACACUCAAUAUUGAAAAAUAUAGAUUGACAGGCAGCAAUACCUUCACCAUUAUCACUGACCUCUUUAAUCACAAGCCUCUGGGCUUUCCAAGACCGAACACUUCACAUCUCCAGAUGAAAACAAACAUCUUGCAGCAGCAGAUGCAGAUGCAGCAUCCACCCUGUAAGAAAGGAGCUGAUUGAGUCCAGGUGUAGGAAGAGAUAAGUCCUGAAAAAAUGCAAUGAUGUGUGUGAGGUCAGCUGAGGAGCCCCAACAGAUGUAGAGCAACCGAAGGAAAUGUUAGACCAAAGACAUCAAGAGACAAAGAAGCAAGAUUAUCUGGUGAUGGAUUUAAUCAUUUUGGGGCUAAAGCUCGGCUAAAGGAAAAAACAAGGGGAAAAUAUGAGUGCUCUUUGGCCUGGCAGCCCAUCACUUAUAGGAUCUUGAGCUUUCAAAGUGGUUGCACAUGGAAGAAGGUUUUCUUCAGAAGGUGCUUUGACAGGACAAUUGGCUUAUUCAUGACGAGGAGUUAUCAGGGGAGUCUGAGAGACAAGGUAACAAUAACGGUCUGAGUAAACCAUUAUGUAAAACUUUGCAUGGGAAAGUAAGCUAGUCUCUCUUUUUUCUUUGUGGAACUUCAAACAACAUUCAAGAGCAUCUGCAGCGUUUGGUGUAAUGACUUGUGAAAAAGUCUUUCAAGUCAAAUAGAGGGAGUUCAAACAUGAUUCAAGCAGACAAACCACAGUGCUGAGAUAGUUUGUGUAUUUCAUAGGAAUUCUAAAAUAAUUUGAAAACUCAAGCAAAUGCUAGGAAUCGUUCAUUUCCAGUUUUACAUAUAUUUUGUGUUAUAUUGACAUGAGCCAAAAGCAAAAUUUGCUUGAUAAGAGUUUGAUGGUUGGAGCAACUUGCCUUUCAUUUUGGGUAAUGACACAAUUAUUUUGGAGUCUUUACUGUCUGUGCAAACGAACACAUAGCUCGGUCAUUAGUAAUGUUGGAGUGUCUGAUAGGAAAGUGAAUCUGCAAGGCAGACUGUGAUUUUUCCACAGAACUUGACCUGACUGCCUUGCUGCCACAGUUAUGCUGACUGGCACUAUUUGGCCUUGAUGCAGAAAUGCAUGACUCUGAAUUCAGCAGAAAGCUGCCAAUUGUUUGCUAACCUAAGCAUGAACGGAUUCAUCAAUUUUCACGUUUGCAGAAUCCAGCUGGUCUCCCUGAGAUCGUAAUUUAUUCCGCAGGUCAUUCGUGAACGUUUCCAUCACUUUCUACAACAUAUGGAUGAAAUUGUCAGCCACAUUGGAUCAAAUGGAGGAAACUUGAGUACAAAAAAAAA